GCAGCAUUCUGCCUGCUCUUCUCGCUCGGCUCGGCUCAGCUUGGCUCGGCGAGAGACAUGCACGCCACGCUGCUCGGAGUCCUGGGGCUGGUCCUGCUCGGGGCACUGCAUGCACAGGACAGCGUUCCCGUGCAAACCGACUUCCAGCAGGACAAGCUCACGGGGAGAUGGUACAGCAUCGGCCUGGCGUCCAACUCCAACUGGUUCAAGGAGAAGAAGCACCUGAUGAAGAUGUGCACCACAGUCAUCUCCGUCACUGCAGAUGGGAACCUGGAGGUCACCUCCACCUACCCCAAGGGUGACCAGUGCGAGAAGAGGAACAGCCUUUACAUUAAGACGGAGCAGCCGGGGCGGUUCAGCUACAGCAGCCCACGCUGGGGCAGCAAGCACGACAUCCGUGUGGUGGAGACCAACUACGAGGAGUAUGCCUUGGUGGCCACCCAGAUCUCCAAGAGCACCGGCUCCUCCACCAUGGUGCUGCUCUACAGCCGGACGAUGGAACUCAGUCCCGAGCGCCUGGAGAGGUUCACCCAGUUCUCCAGGGAGCAGGGCCUGACGGAUGAAGAGAUCCUCAUCCUGCCUCGGACGGACAAAUGCAUGGCAGAUGCUGCCUAGGCAGACCCACCAGCUGCUGCCAGCCAGAGCCCCGAGAGCACCGUGAGCUGGUGGCUGUCCUGUCUCGUCCUGUCCCCAGCGCAUCCCCAGCACCGCAGCAGCCUUUGCUCCCUGCCUUCACACCCCACACCUGUAUCCCUGUCCCCAUUAAAGCCCGUAUAAAAC